AAAAGCUUCAACUGAACAUACUUCUAAUACAUCACACACAAAUUGUUUUGGUUUUUUGUUACUUGGGCAUUACGCAUCAUUUAAUUAAUAAAUAAUUGUCUUUAAGUAAAGAAAAUCUCACUGUAUUAGUUAAUAUUUCAAAAAAGUAGUAAAAAACAGAAAUAUGCUUUCGUUUUUCUUAAAGAAAAAGCAAAGCCCAGAUACACCCCCUGAAGAAGUUAUUCAAGGUCCCGCAACUGAACCAGCACCUAACAAUGGCGCAGAUGAUUUUAUUUUCGUUGAGAAGAAAGGCAACGAUGGGCCAACACCUCCACAGCCCUCAGCACAUCAUAUGUAUCCACCAAUGCCACCAGCUUUUGGUGUAGCACCUUAUCCCGCAAUGCCAUAUCCACCCCAUGGAACGCAAUCGACUGCUACUAUAAAUACAAAUCAAGCGGCAGUUCCUUAUGUGCAGGAUGUACCAUUUGUUUUGGCCCCGCAGCUUUGUUUAAAAAAUACAUCCGAUCUUAUGCAGACCCAAGUUGAUGGUAUUUUGGCUGUGAUGACACGACAAAUGUCGGUGGAUGAAAAGGAUGAUUAUAAUUUUGCUUUGGAAAGAUCAAUACAAAAUGAAUGCUAUUAGCAUUUGAGGCAGUUGUUAAAUUUUUGCUAAGAUAAACUAAGAUUAGAGAUUCCUAUUAUAAGUAAAGCCAUGAUGCACCGCAUGUGUUAAUAUGUUAGAGAAUAUAAUAUGUAUGUAUAAUGUAUAAUUAAGAUGUGUCUAUUCAAAAAUAAUAUAAAAUUUUGAAGUUGAUCUAAACAAA